CCGGGAGCGGCCCCGGGGCUGACGGCGGCGGCGCUCCCCUGCCCUGGUGCCCUGGCCGCACUAUGACUCUGGAGGAGCUGCCUGGCGAGCACCGCGCGGCCGGCAGGAUGGAGCAGGCGGGGGACGCGCUGGAGGAGGUGCUGAGCAAGGCGCUGAGCCAGCGGAGCCUCACCCUGGGCGUCUACGAGGCGGCUAAGCUGCUCAACGUGGGUUUUGUUCCCCGUGUUGACCCAUCUCUCUUUUUCCAGAACCCCCACGCGUCCCAGUGGAAGGACCCGGCGCUGAGUCAGCUCAUGUGCUUCUGCCGGGAGCGACGCUACGCCGACCAGUGGGUGCCGGUCAUCAACCUCCCCGAGCGGUGACGGCGCCGCGCCGGGCUCGGUGGGAUGCUUGCCGUGCUUUCGCACUUAGCUCAGGAAGGAAACUUCCCCCUGCCCUCGCGCGAGGAUGCCGGGGAAGGGGAGGGGGGGGGGAAUAGAGGUUAAAAAAAAAAAAAAAAAUCCAUAAAAAAUAGGAUAAGAAUGUCGAGGGGGUGGACUGGCCUUGAGCCGCGUGGGACGGAGGACGAGCACCGCGGCGGCCGGGAAGCCAAGGGAAGGAGCCUGGGAGCGGCGCGGGAGGAGCCCGGAGCCUGUCCCGGGAGCGAGGACGCCGCCGAACGCCCCUCGAGGUUUCUUAAAGCGCGACUUGCGGGUUCUGGUUCAACUCUCUGAAGAGCUCAAAGGUUAAUCGCCACACUUCACAACCGAUUUUUUUUUUUAAGCGUAUUUUGGGAGGUUGAGUCUCGAGUUUUUAAUGCUAAGCUAUAUAGUAAGUUAUUUUAUGAUAUUGAUUAAAAAAGAAGUUAUUUAUACUCCGCGGUCUCGUCAGACCCCCCUGGAGCAGUUGGUCCUGGCCAACCCCAGCUUUUAACAGGCGGCUGGUGAGAGCAGCCGCCCUCGCCUCGUUGUUUGGAAGUGGAUAUUGCUUUGUUUUGGGGUGGUUUGUUUUUUUUCUUUUUGGAAUAAAGUUGAAACUCGGAGCC